AGGUGGUUGAAAGGUGAUAUUACCUUUGCUCCCUCAUUCAAAUAGAAGGUCCUCUCUUUAACCAAGGUGCUUCUGCUUGCUGACUUUGUGCAGAGGAAUCCUUCAAUACCUGCAGCUGUCCUUCCCAUUAUCAGCCAAAGAUGCUAUUUAAUCUGAAGACCUUGCUGAGGAGUGCAGCUCUCCGACAAGGAAGCCGGCUGGCAGUUCGAAAUUUCCAAUCACAACCCAUUGUUAUGGGAAUUUCCCAGCCUGAGUUCCAUCAGAGCUUAGGGAUCUCAUCCACUGUGAAGUCUGCGUUACUGGGGAUCAAAAAAUGUGGAAAAUCAGUCCAAAGUAAUGUCCAGUUGAAAGGACGUCAUCUCUUAACUCUAAAAGAUUUUACAGGAGAAGAAAUCAAGUAUUUGCUCUGGCUAUCAGCAGAUCUAAAGUACAGAAUAAAACAGAAAGGAGAGUAUUUGCCUUUGUUACAAGGGAAAUCCCUCAGCAUGAUUUUUGAGAAAAGAAGCACAAGAACAAGAUUGUCAACAGAAACAGGGUUUGCUCUGCUCGGAGGUCAUCCUAGUUUCCUGACAACCCAAGAUAUUCAUUUGGGAGUGAACGAAAGUCUCACAGACACUGCACGGGUGCUGUCAAGCAUGACAGAUGCCAUACUGGCUCGUGUGUAUAAACACUCUGAUCUGGACCACUUGGCCAAAGAAGCCUCAGUACCAAUAGUUAACGGGUUGUCAGAGAUGUACCAUCCUAUCCAAAUUCUGGCUGAUUACCUCACUCUCCAGGAACAUUAUGGUUAUCUGAAAGGCCUCACCCUCAGCUGGAUCGGUGAUGGGAACAAUAUCCUUCAUUCCAUCAUGAUGAGUGCUGCUAAAUUUGGAAUGAAUCUGCAGGUGGCUACACCUAAGGGUUAUGAACCAGAUCCUGGUAUCACCAAACUAGCAGAGCAAUAUGCUAAAGAGCAUGGUACCAAGUUAUCCCUGACUUUUGAUCCAAUGGAAGCGGCCCAAGGGAGCAACGUCUUAAUUACAGACACAUGGAUAAGCAUGGGACAAGAGGAAGAGAAGAACAAGAGGUUACAAGACUUUCGAGGUUACCAGAUAACAAUGAAGACGGCUGGAGUUGCUGCUUCCAACUGGACAUUUUUACAUUGCUUGCCCAGAAAACCAGAAGAAGUUGAUGAUGAAGUAUUUUAUUGUCCAAGAUCACUUGUAUUUCCAGAAGCUGAAAACAGGAAAUGGACAAUCAUGGCUGUCAUGGUUUCCCUGCUGACGGAUUACUCACCACAGCUGCAGAAGCCUACAUUCUGAUGCUUCGGUUCUUUCCAAGGGGGACAAAUAUUUUGUAGCAACAGUAUAUUCUGGUCCAUGGGGAGGCAGAGGGAGGAGGAAGGGGAUUAAAGAAUUGAGCCAUUCCCUGAUAUAGCCAAUAGAUGGAUUGUACAAUAUUGUUUUGCCACUGUGAAGCUCUGUCAUUUGUAUUUUUUUUUUUUGCUUCACUGUUUAAAGCUCAAUAGGGUUUGUAUUUGGCUUAUACUUCUUAACUGUCAUUUAGUGAAUGAAUUUGAGCAUUCCUUUAGAGAUUGUUGGGGUUUGCCACUUCAGCAUGAGAAAACAACUCACAAAGCAGGUUAUAUGACUUAUUCGUGAUAGCUCAAUGGAUCAUUACCUGCAGUGAUUUGCACCCACUAUCAGCUGUUCGGUAGGUCUGUAAUAAUAAAAUAAUAAUAACA